CCGGCGCCGCCCAGGGUCUGCUAUCAGUCAUUCGUUGCCCACCAGCAGCCCAGGCAGAGCAACAAUGAGGAUCACGGUGUGCGUAGUUUUCCUAGCGGCGUGUUACUUGUCGUCCGCCGAAGAGCCCGCUAAAGCGGAGGAGAAGAAGACCAGCAAGACUGAGAAGCGCGGCCUCUACGGCCUGGGCAUCGGCGGGUACGGAGGCGGCUUCGGCGGCGGCUACGGGGGCGGCUACGGCGGCGGCUACGGCGGCGGCUACGGCGGCGGCUUCGGGGGCGGGCUCGGCGGCGGCUACGGCGGCGGCAUCGGCUACGGCGGAGGAGAGGUGAAGGCCAUCACCAUCACGAAGGAGGUGCCGGUGCCCGUGCCGCAGCCCUACCCCGUCACGGUGGAGAGGAAGGUGCCCUUCCCCGUCAGGGUCCCGGUCAAGGUGCCGGUGGACAGGCCGUACCCGGUGAGCGUGCCGCAGCCGUACCCCGUCCCCGUGGAGAAGCCCGUGCCGUACCCCGUGAGCGUGCCCAAGCCCGUCGCCGUGCCGGUACCUCAGCCCGUGGUCGUCAAGCAGCCGGUGCCCGUCGUCCUCAAGGGCGGCUACGGCGGCGGCCUGGGCGGCUACGGGGGCGGCUUUGGCGGCUUCGGUGGCGGCUACGGAGGCCACGGAGGCUUCGGAGGCGGGUUCGGAGGCUUCGGAGGCUACGGACAUCCCCACUGAGCCUGCUCUUCGUCUUCGCCCUCAUCUUACCAUAGUCGACGCUCACGGGAAAGCUACGCCACCACAGCUCACGACAGGAUAACUCGCUCUUUAGCAACUAUUUCUUUGUCUUCGAAAACAUAAUCAAAACAAAAUCACCAAUGAUUCAUUUGUUUGAUACCUAGAAAUAAAAUUUUAUACCUUA